AUGGAUCCAGAGACACCCACGCGACAAAACUCGCGCGGCGCGCAGCCGAACUCGCAGUUUGUGACACCCAUGCGCCGAGUGCUGCAGCGCGUCGAUGAGAUCACACCACAAUCUCGAUUCCUUUCGGGCCUAUCGCCAUUUAACACGCCAGCUCUACAGCGCCUGGACGAGAGUGCCUUGAGGGGUAGGCUGAGGGAGGCAUACCAGAUGCUGAAGGAGAAGGAGAAGAACUUAUUUCUGGCGGCUACCGUGGGGCAGGAAUUGGUGGACACAAAUCAGCAGCUGCAGGACAGCUAUGAACGGGUGCAGAGGGAGCUAGCCGACGCCCAACAAAGAAUAACCGAAUUUGACGACCAGUCGUCCUCGCGGCUGUAUGGCCGGGGGCGGAGUAUGGCAGCGCAGCAUCUCUCCGAGAGAGGUGAUGCUGCUUGCCAGGAGCAGACGUUGGCUGUCAAUGAGAACGGUGCGACGGCGGUUGACGAGCACGAGCGGCAAUGGGUCAAGAUGCACGUGCUGCCGGUGAAAGCGCAACUGCAGAUGGCGCAAGAGCGCACUGACGAAUUGCUCUCGGAGCGCGAGGAUCUUAUGGCCGAGGUGUACAGCUUGCGGCAAGAGCAUGCAGCGGCGCUGCGUCGAGCUGGCGACUCCAUGGCGAACACCGACGACGCGCAAAGGCGCAUGGAGAAGCUGGAGGAGGAAAAGGCACAGCUGCAUCAGGAGCUGGACGAGCAGCGCACGUUCUGGGCCAAGCGGUGGGUAGAGCACCAGGAGGAGCGCAAGGUCGGGGCGCAGGCCGUAAGCAACAGCCAGCUGGCAGAGCAUAGACAGGCCCAGGAUGCUGCUGCGCGCAUCCGCGCCGAAAAGCGGGCCGACGAAAUGCACGUGCGCUGCAGCACUGCCCAGGCCGAACUGGAGCUGCUGAGGAGCCAGAUGCAGCGCAUAGAAGAGGAGCGCGUCAACGAGUGGGAGCCCAUGCGCGGGCGCUGGCUCGGCUGCGAGGAGGCGCUGCAGGAGCUCCAAGAGACACACCAAAGCACGUGCGAGGCACUGGCGCAGGCUGAGGCACGUCUGGCCGAGCUGGACAAAAGCAACGAGCUGAACGACCCAAUAAAGCUCAAGAGCGAGAAGACCUCGACCAGCCUCCUCGGAGAGCUCGAUUUGCAACGACAUAACGCGGUGGCCCAGCAGCGUGCCCUGGCCCUCGAGUACACAUCCCUGAAGCGCGCGUACGUUCGAGCGCUGAACACGCAGUCGCGGAUGAAGCAGCAGGUGGCCAGGCUCACGCAGCUGGCGGCGGCCGGGGCCAGCGAGGCGCGGAUGAAGCGCCUUGAAGCAGCGCUUGGCGAGGCCGAGUGCCAGCAGCAGGCUCUCCUAUGGGCCAGCAUGGAGCAGCGCAGGUCGGUUGAUGUCGUCAUGUCUGCUAAUGGCCCAAGGUCCGAGGCCGAUGGCACGGCGCUUGUCACGGCCUUGCGGGCCAAGGUUAAACAAAUUGCUGCCGAACGCGACCAGUUGCAGCGCGAGUUGCGCACAGCACAUUUGCUGCGGGCUAACGAGAUACAGAGAACUCGCGAUCUUGAGCGCGAAGCUGCCGAGUCCGAGUCCAAGCUUCACCGCGCUCUUGGUGAGCUGGCCUCCAUCAAGGCCGACCACGAUGCGCUCUGGCAAGCGGCCAAGGCGGGCGAAAAGUAUGCGGAUUCGCCGCAGGGUACGCCGCUCACACAGCCUGCUCGGAAGCGGACGAUUCUGGGCGCCAGCCCGGAUUCCGUGAGCCCGAGCCAGAUGAAGCGCAGCCCUAUGGGCCUGGGAUUUAUGAUCAAUUCCAACUUUGCAAAGAUUAACAAAGCGCAGCCGCUGUCAUCUCCAUCAAAAUCCAAGGUGUCUAAACGGCGCCACAUUCAAGACAACUCUCUUGGAAAAGAGACACCUUGCAAUUCGGGGCACAAUUUCAAAGGCCCUUGCAGCACUCUAGGCCCCUCGCCGCCGAAGCCGCUGGCUGCUGAGGCGCAGGAUCUGUGCGACAUCAACAACGCUGCCGAUCGCGGGCUAAAGUCUUGUUUGGGCGCUCUAGGCAUAGUACGGCCACCAGAGACCGUGGCAGCAAGCAGUGACAGCAUCAGCAAUAUUGAAGGCGAUGGCACUGCGACGCUUGGGAAUGCACACAAGCAUGGGAAAACCUAUCAGCCACAUGAGUGCAGCAGCAAUGACAACAUUGCUAAUAACACCACAGUGGUAGCCUCGGACGAUAUCUGCAUAAGCACUCGCGGUUCCCACAAGCCAAUUGAGUGUAAUAACCAGUGA